AUGGGACGACCCACAGACUCCACUCCCUCCGCCUCUUCCCCCUCUCUCGCCCAAACCCCCUUAACCGCAUCCGACCGCACCGCAUCUCCUUCUGCACCUGAAAUCCCUUCCAAGUCGGCUCAAGACUCCCGCGAGCCAGAUGCUACAUCCGGUUCCUUGGAAGGGCCCGAGGCGGCAUUUUCUUCUCUAAUUGCCGAGGCGGAGAGUCAAGCUACAGGAGGGAGAGGCGGGGGCGGAGGGGGAGAGGCGGAGAGUGAUGAGGAGAGGGCGAGGAGGGCCCUGGAGUGUCCGUGUUUGGACAAGCUGAGGGACGGCGCGUGCUGGGAGCAAUUUGCAGAGAGCUUCCGGUGUUACUACGUCAGCAAGGAGGAGGAUCAGGGUUCGGACUGUGUCUCGCAAUUCUCCGCGCUGCAGACGUGCAUCUCGGCCAACGCCUCUCACUUCCAGCAAUACCUGGUGGAGAAGGGGGAGGCUGACCUGCUGAAUGCACCUGCAGAUGCGGACGGAAAACCCUAG